AUGUUUCCAGCGGGGAAUGUGAGCUUGAGGACGGUCAGCUCAAGCAGGCCACAGUUAUUUCGGACCGAGUCGCAACAAUCCGCUGCUGCCUCGGACGACUACUACUCCCUCUCGAGCCGUACCUCUGCCACAAGAUCUGCGAGUGGUGGCAGUCGAGCGACAGUUGUGCGAUAUGCGACACCUAAUUCACAUCCGAUAUCACGAAAUUCCUCCCCGGCAGUCUCGCGCACGCUGUUGGCCCCGCCAUCAGCUGUUCCAAGGAACGAGCAGAAUCCGAGUAUACCAGCCGAGCAGCGGGAUACUUUUGUGACCAACAUCGAUAGUACCACCCAGUCGGAUGAGAAGCGUGAUACACAUCUGAUCUCCUUUGACGGUGCUGGAGGAGAGGCCGUGCGCGACAGCUAUGCGGGACGGGAGCCAACACCGGGCGUGGAUGACUCGCCAUACAUCCGUUUCGCUAUCAGCCAGCUCACACGGGAAGGGGAGGCUGGGCAUCCGAGGAGGUCGAGUGAAAGUGGGAGCGAGUCAACUCCAACCGGGCAUUUAUUAUGGGAUGGCACCUUGGGACAUUUUGUCCGUGCCGUGACACCACCGACCCAGCAGCAGCAGCAGUUGCCACCAGAAAGGAGCCCUCAGGACUCUGUUGAUCCGGAGGCAUUCGUUCCCGUCAAUGAUCCUCCAGAAGGAAACUUGAUCUACCCUCCGCUUGAUUUCGUGCCAAUUCCGCUUCGGCCGUGGGCACUGGGUAUUGUUAUACUCUGUGUGCUUCUUAUGAUCGCAGGCAUUGCCUUUAGCAAUGUUUGGUCCCAAGAUAACCAAGGGAUCUGGGGUUACAAUGGACGAAGCGGCGCAAGAUACUUUGUUGUACAGUUUCUUCCUCAAAUUCUUGGGAUCAUCAUCACAAUUUCGACAUUCGUCGUUCAAGCGGCCGUAUAUCGCGUAAUGCCUUUUGCGAUUAUGGGAUCGGAGCGCCCCCUUGAGAAGGUCCUACAGGGCCUACCGAUUGUGCCAAAGAACUUCCUACUUCCCGAUCUCUCGCACAUUAUCCAUGGCGAGGCUUUGGUGGGAUUUUCACUAUUUACGAUUUGGCUUUCCAACAUCAGCGCAGUGCCCUUGCUAAGCUGUUACUACCAGGUAAAAUGGGCUUCUAUAAAUGGUGAAGGAGGAUGGCGCUGGGCUGCAGUGGAGGCAAUCGGCUGGACGCUGGUCGCGGUAUACGGUCUUCUGACGCUAGGGCUGACUAUCUUAAUGCUGCGGUUUCUCCGUACAUGGUCGGGCUUGAUGUGGGACCCUGUCUGCCUGGCGGACUUGAUCACUGUUAUUCAGCGUUCGAACGUGCUACCGGACUUUGACUAUUCAGAGACGGCUUUCAAUGUUGGCAAAACACUGAAAUCAAGAGUGCUUCGACUCGGCUACUGGCAGCUAUCUAAAGGACGCCACCCGGAGAUUUUUUACGGAAUUGGAGAGGAUGGUGGAACGGUUGGAAACCCCUCUCUGCAUCUUGUGGCGAAGAACCGCCGAGAACAUCUUUCAAAGGUCUCUUUCGAUGCUGAAAAGCGGGGUGCUGUCGGGAAAGAAGAUUCUCAGGAUAUCUACUCUCCAACAGUUCGUUACCGGUGGACUCCGUGGUUCCUCCGGAAGCCUUUUGUGAUCGCCUGGAUAGUGAUACUCUGUGGACUAUUCAUUGCGUUCGUCAUUGUCAGCUUUGUUAACAAUGCUGUCGAGGACGGGUUUUUGCCGCGUCUAUCAACUCGACCGUCAUCAAGUGCAUUUUCUUCGUCAAAUUUCCUGUUCAGUUUUAUUCCGGCACUGAUUGGAAAUUUUCUAUUUCUUGCAUGGCAACACAUCGAUACUUACUUUCGUGCGCUUCAGCCGUACGUGAUGUUGUCCUCCCCCGACGGUGCUUCCGCGGAGCAAAGUCUUCUCCUGGCGUACCCCUCUCUUUUACCGUUCGAGGUAACUAUCGCAGCGGUUCUAAACAGACACUACAAGGUCGCUUGGAUAUCUCUGAUUAGCGUUGUUUCCUGUGCCCUUCCAAUUCUGGCUGGAGGCGUCUUCAUCGCGCUUACAUACCCAGAGAAUGAGAUUAGGGUUACCCCACUGAUGCCAGCCUUUUACGCCAUAGUGGUAUUCUGUGCUGUGUACAUGGCUUCUUUUCUGGCAAUUUGGCCUGGUCGCUACCGCUAUCUGCCUCACGACAUCAGCACUCUCGCUGAUCAAAUGAGUUUUCUCUACCAGAGCCCUCUGCUCUCAGACAAGUUACUUCGUGAGCCACGGAGCAAAACGGAUCUUGUCACGCGGCUGGUCAUCGCUCCACCGGGCGACCAGGAGUAUCCGAGGUAUGGCUUCGGCAUAUACGUGGGGCGCGAUGGUACAGAGCAUCUGGGAAUUGAUAGGUAUAGUCGACCUGGUCGGGCGGAUAUGCUCAUUACGACAGGAUCUAUGAAGUGA